CCAGCCCCAGCCCCAGCCCCAGCCCCAGCCCCAGCCCCAGCCCCAGCCCUAACCUCAGCUUCAGCGCCAGCCCGGCUCGGCCCGGGCAGCAGCAGGAAUAGCAGCAGCUGCGAGAGCAGCCUUGACAGCAGCAAGCGGCGGCGUCUCGCGCCCUUCCGCCCUGCGCGCUUCGGGGCGCCCCAGGGAGAGCCCGCGGGGGAAGGAGGGGAGCUGCGUCCCCUCGGAGGAGCUAAUAGAACCAGCACCUUUGCAUCGUUGUAUUUCUGGGGCCGGGGCGGCGGGCGGGCGGGCUGCAAGCACACACCCCCAGGCUCGGGCCAGGCAGACGGACGCGGCAGCUGCUUGCGGCUGCGGGAUCUCCUCCGACUCUGCCUCGCUCUCUGCAUCUGGAGCAGCGCCCCCGCUUCAUGCCCAGGGUCCCCUCGGCCGGCGGGCGGGACAAGGAGCCGCCGGCCCGGCCCCCACGGACUGCUGCAACCUCGGGAGCCCGAGCACGGGGGCGGCCGCCAAUUGGCAGCGCGGAGCUCCGGAGCGGAUUGUCUCCAUCUUGGUCAGAGCCAGCCACUGAGAGUGCUGGUGCCCCGUCUGGGAAGAGCCUGGGGUGGCGUCAGACAGGCCCUGUGGGUCCAGGGACAGGAGAAGAGCCAGCAUUCCAAGCUCCCAGAUUUCUCAUCCUCAUUCUACCAAUGGACAAUUUGGCCAAUCCUGCCCUUCUGACCUCCCAGCAGGCACAUUGUGUCCUGGCUAAUAUGGCCAGAGAUUGCUUUUCAAGGUGGAAAAUCAGUAAACCAAGUGAAGGGAAAACACUUUUUGGCCUCUGAGCAGCAGAUGCUCCAUCUCCCAUCUCAAGCCCUCUCCAUCUGUCUCCGUAGUGACACAGGCAGUCCUGAAUGUUACACAAGUUGAUCGGUUCUCCUAGCAACCUCCUUUAGGAACCUCGCUGGCAUUUGAUUGGAAAACAGGACAGAAGGCCUGCGAUUGAUGAGUUUGCUUUGGGAAGACGUAGGAAGGUGAAGUCAGACGUUAGCAUGGGGCAGAAGGUCACUGGGGGAAUAAAGACUGUGGACAUGAGAGACCCUACCUACAGGCCUCUGAAACAAGAGCUCCAGGGCCUGGACUACUGUAAGCCCACACGGCUGGACUUGCUCUUGGACAUGCCCCCCGUGUCCUAUGAUGUCCAGCUGCUCCACUCUUGGAAUAACGACGACCGCUCGCUCAAUGUGUUUGUGAAGGAGGAUGACAAACUUAUCUUUCACCGGCAUCCGGUGGCCCAGAGCACAGACGCCAUCAGGGGGAAAGUGGGGUACACCCGUGGGCUACACGUGUGGCAAAUCACGUGGGCCAUGCGACAGCGUGGCACCCACGCGGUUGUAGGGGUGGCGACAGCAGAUGCCCCCCUGCACUCUGUCGGGUACACGACCCUGGUGGGGAACAACCAUGAGUCCUGGGGCUGGGACCUGGGGCGGAACAGACUGUACCAUGAUGGGAAGAACCAGCCAAGUAAAACCUAUCCUGCCUUCCUCGAACCAGACGAGACUUUCAUCGUGCCAGAUUCUUUCCUGGUGGCCCUGGACAUGGACGAUGGGACACUGAGCUUCAUUGUCGAUGGACAGUACAUGGGUGUAGCCUUUCGGGGACUCAAAGGCAAAAAACUUUACCCAGUAGUAAGUGCUGUCUGGGGCCACUGUGAAAUACGAAUGCGCUACUUGAAUGGACUUGAUCCCGAACCACUGCCUCUGAUGGACCUCUGCCGCCGGUCCGUCCGCCUUGCCCUGGGGAAGGAGCGCCUGAGUGAGAUCCAUGCCCUGCCCUUGCCAGCAUCCCUUAAGGGCUACCUUCUCUACCAGUGAUGUUCCAGCUCAAGGCCCGCCAUCUGGGAAUCAGGAAAUCCAACUGUGCGAACCCACUGAGCCGACACUGGGGUCCACAGCAGCCCUGCCCCUGCCCCAUCCUGCUCCUCUCUUCCUCCUCCUCCUCCUUUCUUGCAGCCCAGCCUUCUGCCAGAUACGGACCCUCACAGCAGGUUCAUCCAAUCUUCAUCCCUUGGAAAUGGCUUCUCUGUGUGGGCAGAUGAGUGCUGUGUGUUUGGACUUCAUUUUCCCUUCUUUAAAGAGAGAGACAUUGUUUUCUCUGGAAGUACCACGUUGUGUCCUGGUCCACUCUGGGGGAGGUAGUGCGGAGCCCACAGCUUCUGCCCAGACGGGACACCUCCAGGGAUCCCAGGGCUUGAUGGAUGAUGGCCGGUUGGGGCAAAGUAGCCAUACUGGCAAUAAGGAGGCCAGGAAGCAUCGAGGGUGCUUGGAUAUUGACCGAUGACUUCCUUUGGGUGGCAAGUGUGGAACCUCGUGGGUUACUGCUGCACAGGAAGUGCCACCAUUGAUAAAGCUGACAAUGCCAAAAACUCUUUAAAAAGAAAAAACAAAAAUGGGACCCUGGAAAAAGGCCGGAAAGCAACUAGUGUCAUUCCCUAAGAUGUCCCACCUGUACUCUGUAUUUAUUCUUUCACCAACAAAAACCAAUUUAUUUAUUCCACAUAGAAAGAAAACAUCCCUUCCCCUCCAACAUGUGUCUUGUUGUCCUCCUACCUCCCACCCCCAUGCCGUGUCCCCUGCCCUUGACCGAACAUCACAGUUAGAGCCUGUCUGGGGCUUCUUUGGUGGGUGGAGGUUGUUAUCUUGGCCCGUGGCUCUGAGGGGACCUUAGGGCUUGCCGGGCCAGCUCCUUCCUCAGACUACAGGAUUCACGUGCAAUAGUGAUGCCUUCAGUGGUCCUCUGAAGCAGCUACAAGAUCCUGCCACCCUCGUACCUCUCGGCCGGACAUCCUUGCCCAGGAGAGCCAGACGUACGGUCGAGAGAGUUAGCUAGACGACUUUUCAUCCUCUUGAGUCAUUCAAGUGUUUCAGUCAAGCGGCCAUCCUCCUCCUCCCCAGCUUUCCAUAAGAUGUUUAAAAAAUGCUUUGUCCAUUGAGGAAAUCAGGCCUUAAGGAGCCUUUCCAGGGGAGGAGGGGGAGAAAGAGAGAGAGCGCAGCAGGCAAGUUCUUUGCCAUCAUCCAUCCCCCCCAAAGCCAGAAUUGAGUCUCUGAAAUAUUGGUUCUGCCUCAGAGAGCAGACCAGCCAGCCAGGCCCCCCAGUUCAAAUGGGGCUCCCCUGGUCGCUUCUUCCUGAGCUGAGGGAAAAUGUGAUGAGAGCCUCCCCUUCCUGGCAGUUCCUCUGAGGUGCAGGCUGAGAUGCGGCCCCCUCCCCACCCCACCCCACCCCAUUAUUUUGCACAUUUUAUUAACUUUGAGAUCGGUUUUGGAAUCCAGCUUUUGGUUCAGUUAUGUACAGGUACAAUAGAUGACUUUAUUUGUUUAAAAUGUUUAAUAUAUAUAUUUGUCUAUGUAAGAGAUGUUUUGAACAGCUGCUGUUGGAUACCUUUUUUUAAAAAAAACCUACUUGGAGAGUAUAUUUUUAAAAGCCUAGAAUUGGUGCCAAGCCCGUGUGGGGAGCUGAAGUCAUCUCCCCCAAACUGUUACUGUUCAUUGUUGUUGUUGUUUUUUUAAGGAAGAGCAAAAAAAAUACCGCCAUCCCUUGUCGGUCCUCUGGGUCCUCUCUUCAUUUCUGUCACAGGGUGGGACACGUGCUAUUACUAUUGGUGCACAAAAGAGAAUUUGACCUGUACAUCCAGCAUUAGAUUGCCUUGGCCCCCACCGUCGUCUUCCACCGAUGCUGGCAAAGUCACACUGUCACUGCCCCCCACCUCUCCUCUCCUCUCGUGUCAGGUUCAGCCCACCCCGCCGUAUCACCAUCCCAGUACAUAAUGGCUUGUUUGGUUUUAAGAAUCCUUUCUACUUUAUGGCUGUAGAGAAUACUCAGUAACCUAAUAAAGAAAAGUUUAUUAAAUUUGAA